AUGAAUUUUAAUUUAAAAAUUGAAGAUAAAGAAUUUUUAUGGGAAAAUUAUAAUUAUGAAGAAAAUAUACUUUUUAUAUUAUUUUUACAAAUAAUUUAUUAUUAUCCAAUUAAUAUAAUUUGUAAUAUCAUAAAACAUGAUAAAAAUUUUUUAUUAUACUUUCUAUUAUAUAUAGAAAAUAAUUUAUCAAGAAGAAAUAUAGAUAUAAAAGAAUUAGAUACGUUAAUUUUAUUAACAAAAGAAUAUUUAAAAAAUGAUAAAUUUGAUGAAAGUAAAAAAAAUACCUUAGAAGCAUUAAUAAAUAUAUGGAAUAAACAUAUUAAUUUAAAAAAUAAAAAUUAUAAAUUUUUAGAUGAUAAUAAUGAUGAUGCAUUUGAUUAUGAUGAUGAAGAAGAAGAAGAUGCAAAUAAUAAUUUUCGUGAAAAUGUAGAAGAUAAAAUCAAUGAUUCUUGUAAUAAUGACUAUUUAUUAAACAAAGAAAAUAAUGAUAAGAUAUUAAUAAAAAAUAGUGAAACAACAGAAGAAAUUACAGAAAAAAAAAAUGAUUUCAAUGAAAAAAAAGAUAAGAAUGACGAUGAUAAAAAAGAUGACAACUCUGAAAAUUAUGAUUCAUGUUUAAAUGAAAAUGAAAUAAAUGAAAAAAUAGAAAAUAUUUUAAACAAUUUAUCUUCUGAUGAAGAAGAAGGAGAAGUAGUUGAAGAUGAAAUUCCAUAUGAACGUGUAAAAGAAAACAAUGAAGAAAACAAAGAAAUAAUUUUAUUAAAUAUAUAUUCAGAAAUAUCUGAUAAAAAUUUGAACUUGUUAUUAAGUAUCUUUGGAAAAAUAAAAAAUAUUUGUAUGGAUGAUAAUGAACGUAUUCAUGUUUUAUUUUUUAAUAUAAAUAGUGCAAAAAAGGCAAAAAAUUACUUAGAUAAUUUAAAAAUAAAAAAUAGAAGAAUGCAAGUUAUAUAUGGAGAUUAUCAAGAAAAUAAAAAAGAUAAUGAGGAUAUAUUAGGUAAAGAAGAAAAUGAAAAUAAUAAUAUAAGUGAAGAAAAUAAAAAAGAUAUUUCUAAAAAUUUUUUUGAAAAAUCAGGGAAUAAUAUAAAUUUAAAGAAAAAUGUAAAAUUAUAUAAAAAUAAAAAAUAUUAUAUGAAAAAUUCUCAAUUAUUUCAUAAUAAUAAUACUAUUUUUAAAAAUACACCAAAAAAUAACUUACAUGUUAAUAACUUUUUUAGUUCAUUUAAUUCACAAAAUUUGCCAAAUGAUUUUAUAUUAUCAUCAGAAGUUCCUUUAAAUUCAGAAAAAAUAAUAAAUAAUCAUGAGCAUAGUGUGAAUAUAGAAAAACAAAACUUUAACUCUAUUAAUUUUAUACAUCCACCACCACCACCUCCUCCUAUUAACCCAUAUAAUUCUUUUAAUGAAAAUAUAAGAAAAAAUAAUGUUGAAUCAUUUUAUGUUUUAAAUAAUUUUUCAAUAAAUAAUGAAAAGAAUAUUCAUAAAAUUUCUGCUCCACCAAAAAGAAAUAUUAACGAUCAAUUCUCUAAUAACUUUAUUUCACACAAAUAUAAUAAUUAUGAAAUAUCAACUAAUACAAAUUAUAUUUCUUAUUUAAAUACCUCCUUUUCAAAAAAUGUGUAUUCAAAAAAUAUUCCUCCUCCUCCUCACACUAAUAAUAUAGGAGAUUCUAAUAAAAAUGCUUCAACUCCCAAAUUAGAGAAUUAUACGAACAUCUAUCAACAAAAAGAAAUGGAUGAAUUAUCUUCUAGAAAAAUGACUGAUAUAGUUUCUAUAAAUGAUGCUAAUCCUUUUAAUAUUCAUAAAGAUAAUUUUAUGAUUAACAAUCCUACUUGGAUAAAUAGAAAAGAAAAUAAAGUAUUAAAAUGGUGCACGAAUGCAUCUAUAGAAGAAAAUCAUUUAGAUUUUUUAAAUUCUUUUUUUCAAUAUAAGUUAUUUAAUAGAUAUUUAUUAGUAACAAAUAUUCCAACUAAUUUACAAGAUUUAAAAAAAUUUAAAGAGUAUAUUAAUAAUCUUUUUUCGAAAGAAAAAAAAAAUUCUUUGUGUGUAGAGGUUUUUUUUUUUUCUUCUAUUAAAAAUGAAGAAGAGAAAUUAUUUCGAAAUGAAAAUUAUAAAAAAGGGAACACAGAAGAUAAUAAUAAUAAUAAUAAUAAUGAAAACUGUGAUGAUGUUAAUGAUAACACUAGUAAUAAUUAUCAAAAUAAUGAUAUAAAUGUAAAUAAUGAAGAAUCUAUUUACGAAAAUCAUCCAAAUAAUGAAGGACAAAGUACUAAAGAUGAACAUAUAAAUGAAGAAAAUAUGAACAACGAAAAAAACAAUACUAUUGAAAAUGAAGAAAUUAAUAAAAAUGAUGAACGGAAAAUGAUAGAGAAAGUAGAGGAAGAAGAAAAGGAAGGAGAAGACAAAGAAGAAAUUAGAAAAGAUAAUGAUGAAUAUAAGGAUGACAUAAGUAAAAAUAAAGAAAAAGAAGAUGAAAAAAAGGAUAGUAAGGAAAAUUAUAAUAUAGAAAAUAAUUCUAAAGAAAAUGAAAAAUGUGAUUAUAUGAACGAUAUAAGUAAUAAUGUAACUGAAAAAAAUAUAAAAAACGAAACAGAAAAAAAAAAAAAAAAAAUAUAUGCUCACUUAACAUUUAGAACAAUAAAAAAGUGUGUAGAAGCAAAAAAAGCUUUAGAAGAAAAAAAUUUUUUAGUAACUUUUUCAGCUCCUCUUAAACCGAAUAAUUGUUUAUGGAUAGGAAAUAUCCUAAAAAAUUAUUUUUUUAACACAGCAAGUGUAUUAAAAACAAUGUUUACACAUUUUGGAGAAAUUACAAAUAUUAAAUAUGUGAGUGAUAAAAAUUGCUUUUUUUUACAAUAUAAAAAUGUUCAUAAUGCUAUUAAAGCAAGAAAUCAUUUAUAUGGAGUUCAAAUUUCAAACAAUACUCUUCUAAAUAUAGAUUUCUCUACAUUAGGAGAAUGGGAAAGUAAGCAAAAAGUUAAUUUGUCACGAAGAAAGCUAUUAGACAUUUUAUCAAAUGAUAAUAAUAAGGCACAAGAAAAAUUAGAAAAAAAACUUAACAAAAGAAAUACAGGAUUUCUUGAUUCAAAAAUAAUGUUAUUAUUAAAAAAAAAUAGCCAUAAAAAAAACUUUAAUAAUAAAUAUGAUACAGAUAACCCCCAAAAAAUUAGUAGAGAUAACUCUACUAUUGUUAUUGAUAAAAAAAAAAAUAGAACUAAAAAAAAUAAAUCACAUCAAAAUAAUUCAGAAUACAUGAAAAAUAAUUACCACAACUAUGAUAAAAGGGAUUCAAGAAAAACGUCCAAAAGAAAAUGUGAACAAACAGAUUAUAGAGAUCAUAAGAAAAAGAAAGACCUUAAUACAAAUCCUAAAAAUGAUUAUUCCAAUGAAGAUAAUAAUAAUAGUAAUAAUAAUAUUGAUAAUGAUAAUGCAAAAGAAAAAACAAUUGCUUUUUAUGUUAACCAAAAAUAUAAAUGUGAUUUUAGUGCAAAAUUUUAUAAAGGGAAUCCUAGCAUUAAGAUAUACCCCAAGCUAAAUGUGGAAACCAAAAGUGAUAUUAAAAAUUUAAAACAGAUUAAAAGCUCCUGUUCUAAUUAUUCAAUUUGGCAAUUGGGAGCAACUGCAAAUCAGAAAAAAAAAUUUGUUCGUAUAUGUGAGCAUUUUAGUAAAAAAAAAAACAUUCCUGUUAUCAUUGACAAACAAUACACCACUUUUAUUGUUCCAAUUAAAGAAGACUAUUUAAGGGACUUAGAAAUUGAAAAUACUGAUUAUAUGUAUGCUUUUGUUCUUGAGACUAAAAAAUCAUAA